UUCAGUGUGGCACAGCUGUGGCUCACCGCCGUUUCUGGCCGAAAAAGCUCGUAAAUAUACCGAAAUCCUGGACAAAGCAGAAGAGUCCAGUCAUCCAAACACCCCAAAAAUGUCCGCUGAGCAAACCGAAGCUGUCAUCCCUCAGGCCGAGGAGGUCCCCGCUGUCGAGGUCGCCAUGACCGAGGCUCCCAAGACCGAGGAGGCUGCUCCUGCUGCCCCCGUCGAGGCUGCUGCUGAGACCACCACCGCUACCGAUGCCUCCGUCGCCGUCGCCGCUGCGAUCCAGGAGCAGGACUCCAAGAAGACCAACUUCAAGACCAACUCCAAAUUCGACCCCUCCGACCUCCCCGUCACCUCCGACCCCGCGGAAAUCCUCAAACAAAUCGAAUUCUACUUCUCCGAUGCAAACUUCCCCUACGACAAAUUCCUCUUCACCACGGCCUGGAACAAUGAUGGCUGGGUUCCCAUUGCGACCAUUGCGGCGUUCAAGAGGUGUAGGAGGUUUCAGCCGUUUGAGGCUAUCGUUAGUGCGUUGAAGACGAGUGAGAAAUUGCUCGUGUCUACUGAUGAUACGAGAGUGAAGAGGAAGAACGAGCUUAACCGUGUUGAUCCUAAGCAGCGCACCCUUCACGUUCGUGGUCUGGAUCGGGAGGAGAGCAAGACGCUCCAGAUUGACCUCGAGAAGUACUUUGAGCAGUUCGGUCCCAUCGACUCUCUCCGUCUCAAGCGCGAGGAGGGUAAGGGUGACGAAGCCGGCAAGUUCAAGGGUUCCUUCGACGUCAUGUUCUCCACCGAAGAACUCGCAAAGACCUUCUACGACCUCGCUGAGAAGCCCACCUUCCCUGGUCUCUCCGAGGCUGCGUCCAUGUCCGACGUCACCAUCGAAACCAAGGAACAGCAAUACGCACGCAAGGCCGCAGAGGGCUCCUCCAAGCCCCGCUUCUUCAAGCGUUUCAAUGGAUUCGAGUACAUUAAGCAGCUCGAGCAGGGCGGUAGCGGGAACAGGACUUUUGGAAACCAGGGACGGGAUAAGAGAAAGAGGGAGUUUGGUGAUUCUGGGGAUAACCAGGAUCGUCGUGGUGGACGUGGACGUGGACGCGGAAGGGGCGGUCGUGGACGUGGACGUGGUGGACGUGCUGGGGAGGGUAGGGGUGCGAACAACACUCCUUUGGGCGAGAAGGCUGGUGAGGAUGCUCCUGCCGCCGCUCCUGCUCCUGCUCAGGAGUAAGGGUUUGUGUAUGAUGACGUGAAGUAGUUGUUUUUGGUUGCAUUUUUGGGACAAGGGUUAUUUUCAAGGGAUUCAAGC